AUUUACAUUACUUCGGCAGAAAUGCAAGGAAUAUUCUCAGCAGGUGAAAACAUGCAGGUGUGUGACUUCAAGCGAUCCAAGUGUCAUCCACUGCAAAAGAUCUUCUUCUGCUCAGUGCUGUUGCUCUCUGGUACCUUUUUGGUGAAAUAUAUGUCAAAUCCAUUUUCCUUCAAAGACAUUGAAACCAAGGUGGAUGACGACAGGAGUAAAAACUGCAAGAGUGAACUUUAUUCACACCUCAGCCUCAGAUCUGAUCAAGAAGGUGAGUUUAACUGUGCCGACAUAAUCAAAGGAGAUCAAGAUGCUAUUGAUAAAGGGAAAAUAUUUAAUCUGGUUUCAAAGGCGAAAGCAGCACAUUUUAGGGAAAGAAAUUACUUAAACUUAACUGAAAACUGUAGCAAAUUCAAGAAAUUCCGAAAAUAUGUUUUAUUUCCUACCAGUAGAGAGGAGGAAGAUUUUCCCAUUGCAUAUUCCAUGGUGGUCCAUGAUAAGAUUGACAUGUUUGAACGUCUCCUGAGAGCGAUUUAUGCACCUCAGAACAUUUAUUGUGUCCAUGUGGAUGAUAAAUCUCCAGAUAUCUUUAAGGAGGCAGUAAGAGCCAUCACCAAUUGCUUUGACAAUGUGUUUGUCGCUUCUAAACUGGAGAAAGUGGUCUACGCAUCAUGGUCCAGGGUGCAAGCAGAUCUGAACUGCAUGGAAGAUCUUCUGAAUUGUAAAGUUAAGUGGAAAUAUCUCUUAAACACAUGUGGGGCUGACUUCCCAUUAAAGACCAAUGCUGAAAUUGUAAAAACCCUCAUGGUUUUAAAUGGAAAAAACAGUAUGGAAUCUGAGGCACCGUCUACCUAUAAACAGAGGCGCUGGCAGUUCCACCACAAAGUUGGAGACAGCAUAGAGUUGACUGCCACCCGCAAGCCACCACCACCAAUUGACACUCCAGUUUUUUCGGGAAAUGCAUACUUUGUGGCGUCCAGAGGAUUUGUUAAGUACGUAUUAGAAGAACCAGAAGCCCGAAAACUGAUUGAGUGGAGCAAGGACACUUAUAGUCCUGAUGAACAUUUGUGGGCUACUCUAAAUAGAAUGCCAGAUGUGCCAGGAUCAUCUCCUCAUAGUAAUAAGUAUCAGCUAUCUGAUAUGAACGCUGUGGCUAGAAUGGUUAAGUGGGAAUAUGUUGAGGGAGACAUCAGAAAAGGAGCUGCAUACCCCAAAUGCACAGGUAUUCAUAGGAGAGCAGUCUGUGUUUAUGGCUCGGGGGAUCUCAACUGGCUACUCAAGCAACAUCAUCUUCUAGCUAACAAAUUUGAUCCUGAUGUAGAUGAUGUUGCUAUUACUUGCCUUGAAGAAUAUCUAAGAGACAAACAAUUCACUAGAAAGAGUUGUGAGAGGAAUUUAUUGUGAGAAUCAUACUAACUUAACUUAUUUUAUACUAUACUUUUAACUAUAUUAUCAUCUAAGAUAUGUAGUAGUUCAGGGAGGUUGGAUAUGUAUUCUGCUCACCAAGGACAG